CCGCCGCUGGAGCAGAGGCCCUCGCGCAGCACGAAAAUGCCAGAAGCAUCAGAAGAUCAUAAUCACUGGAAGGCCUAUUGACUUCCAUUUUUUGAUAAUCUGGAACACCACCAGUCUGGCAUGGCGCAGGGCAGUCAACAGCUCGAUAUGCAGCUACUCCAUGAUCUCCGGCAACGUUUCCCUGAGAUUCCUGAAGGUGUGGUGUCUCAGUGCAUGCUUCAGAACAACAACAAUCUAGAUGCCUGUUGUCGAGCCCUUGCACAGGAGAGCAACAAGUACUUAUAUAUGGAGUACCACAGCCCUGAUGACACCAGAAUGAAUAGAAAUAGCCUUUUGCACAUUAAUCUGGGCAUUCAUCCUCAUACCAGCUAUCAUGCAGGGGAUGGAGCUCAACUUAAUGGUGGUCGUACACUGGUACAUAGCUCAAGCGAUGGACAUAUUGAUCCGCAACGCACAGCAGGUAAACAGCUGAUAUGCUUAGUUCAAGAACCACAUUCUGCUCCCGCUGUUGUGGCAGCUUCUCCUAAUUACAAUCCAUUUUUCAUGAAUGACCAGAAUAGAAAUGCAGCUACUCCUCCUCCACAGCCACCUCCACAGCCAUCUUCCAUACAACCAGGAAUGAACACGUCUGCUAUGCAAGGCCCUCCUCCUACGUAUAUGCACAUACCUCGGUACAGUACAAAUCCCAUUACUGUUACAGUAUCACAAAACCUCCCCUCUGGACAAAGUGUACCCAGAGCUCUACAAAUUCUUCCACAGAUUCCAAGCAAUCUUUAUGGGACUCCUGGCUCAAUUUAUAUACGACAGACAUCUCAAAGUUCUUCAGGACGACAGACUCCUCAGAAUACACAGUGGCAUUCGUCACCACAGGGCCCAGUUCCACAUUAUACUCCACGUCCUCUCCCUGUCUAUCCACAUCAACAGAAUUAUCAGCCUUCUCAGUAUUCUCCUAAACAACCCCAGAUUCCUCAGACAGCUUUUCGAUCACCACCGGCAUCCCAGUGUCCCUCUCCUUUUGGCUCUCCUCAGCACCAAGUUCAACCCCCUCAGCUGAGUCAUCAGACUUCACAUGUUUUCAUGCCACCUAGUCCUUCAACUGUGCCACCCCAUCCAUAUCAUCAGCAAGCAUCCCAGACCUAUCAAAAACAAGGUAGUCACUCAGUAUCGUAUCUUCCUUAUGGUGGGCCUAGUUUAUCCAAAGGUUCCAUGAAUAAAAUAGAAAUUACCGUUGAGCCACCACAAAGACCCGGGACUGCAAUGAAUAGAAGUCCUUCUCCAAUAAGUAAUCAACCAUCUCAGCGAAACCAGCACCCACUGUAUACAGCCACCACCCCUCCUUCAAGCUCUCCAUCCAGAGGUAUGUCAGGUCAGCCCAAACCUCCGUUCAGCGUUAAUCCAGUAUAUAUUACCUACACUCAACCGACCGGACCUGCAGGUGCACCAACACAGUCUCCUCGGGUACUGGUGUCUCAGCCAAAUCCAACCAUUUUUAAAAUCACAGUAGGUCGAGCACCGACUGAGAAUCUUUUAAAUUUAGUGGACCAAGAAGAGCGUUCUGCAGCGCCAGAGCCUAUUCAGCCUAUUUCUGUAGUCCCAGGAGGUGGAGGAGAAAAAGGAAGCCAUAAAUACCAGCGAAGUUCUAGUUCUGGAUCAGAUGACUAUGCUUACACUCAAGCCUUGCUGUUGCAUCAACGAGCAAGGAUGGAGAGAUUAGCAAAGGAGCUGAAGCUUGAGAAAGAAGAACUUGAACGUCUGAAAGCUGAAGUCAACGGUAUGGAGCAUGAUCUAAUGCAGAGGCGACUUCGAAGAGUUAGCUGUACGACUGCAAUUCCAACACCGGAGGAAAUGACCAGAUUGCGAAGCCUCAACCGACAGCUCCAGAUAAAUGUUGACUGUACACUGAAAGAAGUUGACCUCCUUCAGUCUAGAGGUAACUUUGAUCCAAAAGCUACGUGCAACUUCUACGAUAACAUAGAGCCUGGUCCUGUUGUGCCACCAAAGCCAUGUAAAAAAGAGCACCAAAACAGCUCCAAACAGACUCCGCGGACUCAGCCAAGAGAUGAAGACUUUGAAGGGGCUCCGUGGAAUUGUGAUAGCUGCACCUUUCUGAACCACCCGGCCCUAAAUCGCUGUGAGCAGUGUGAGAUGCCACGGUACACCUGAGAGCAGGGAAGGGGCUGCACUGGGUCGAACACAGGCUUUCCAGCCAACAGGCGUAAGAGAAGGAAAUACAGGGAACCUUUCUGUCCAUCUGCCUAGCCUUUGCCCAUCUACAAUCUUCAUAUGGCAAGGGGUGGGGGGAAAUGUGUCAAGAAGUUUCUGCUUGUGCCACACUACACAAAUAAAUUAAGGGUGAAAUAUUUUCUUAUCUCAUCGCAGUGAGCAAAGCAGAAAAGGAUACCUGAAAAUGUAAAAGGAUUUGUUUCUGAACGAAUGUAUACAGGAAGGCAGAUAACUACUGGUAUCUAGUACUGUGGUAUAGAUACUGCUUAGUGUCUCUAAAAAAUAAAAAUAGAACUCUUGGUAAUGGUGUGAAAUAUUACAAUUAUCCAGAAAAAAAACCUGAAGAGCCAGAGCUGACUUACCUGGCCCCAGCUAGCUGGAAAACAAAGGCUCCCUGUGCUUCUAGAUUGUAAGCUACUGAAAAAGAAGACAGGUAAUUGCAACCAUAAAUUUGCAAUGUAUAGAAAACAAGGAGAAGGGUAUUCGUAAUUGCUGCUUUUUUUCAGGGUAACUUAUGUCUACAAAAAAUUGCUGUUUGAAAUAGCGACCUAAGGUGACUAAAUGAGAUACUGUAUGAGUGUUAGAGAGUGUAACCAGAGGCGAUUUUUACAAUCCCUUUUGCUUGUACAGUGCUCACCUGGCUGUAUCAACACUGGUAAUAAACUAAGAAUGAAUUCUACCGCAUUACAGAUGAAAUACUGCUGCAUGCUUUCAUUAGGCCAUGGUGUUUUAAUGCUAAAAGUAUGCUUUUAUAGAUGAUAAUCUUCUCAGACUGUACUCUCUAGCAGUACACUGAACACAUGCCAAAUGCAGACUACUCCAAAUUCAGUUUGAAAGACUUGAGCUCAGCCAUGGUUAUGUAUGAGGAGUGUUUGUACUCUGCUCCUUAGGCCUUUUCACCUUCCAGUUGGUGAAGAAUUCAUGAUGUUUACAGCACAGAAGGUACUUUGUGCCCCAGUCCGAAGUUAGCUGAAAAAUAAUUAAUCAAAUAGCUCUUCAGUAAAGAUUUAUUUGCACACUGUUAAUAAACCAGCCUGUAUAAAAUAGCAGAUGGCAGUUCUUGAAAACUCACACACUGCAUUCUUUUUAUUUUGGUCAGGAAAUAUUUGCUGUAGAUUGAAGAACACAGAAAAAACUUGCAACUGAAAAUCAUACUGGUACCUUUCCACAUAUGAUAUACUGUAUUAUAAAGGUGAUGCUUGGUUUGUUUGAAUGCUUCAGGUUGCUGUAAUAAAGCCCUCAUUAUCUGUGAAAUCCAACGUGGGUUUGGGCAGCUGAAUGGCUAUGCUGUAAAGCUGUGUGUGAGCGAGGAGGGCGUCCCUGCACGCCGCGCGGGAGCUUUGGGGCUCCCGAGGCGGCCGCGAGCAGGGGCGCCGAGUCGCCGUCGCUGGCCUUGCAGUCGUGAGGCACCGUGUGCUYGCUGAGCUCUCCAGGCAGGGCUGCCUUGCGCAGCUGCCCUUGCUCCCAGCUCGUGGCAGCCGUGCCCAUAUGGUCGACUGCCGCAGUUCACUGGAUGUGUGAUAGCGUGUGAAGCUGCGGUAGAGCAAUCUCGUGUCUGAAUCCUUGCUUAAAAGUGAGCAGCCUUUGUAAGGGGUGGGUGGAGGAAAAUGUAUCUUGACUGCAUUUCCAAUCUGGUAUCUCCUGUUCCUUUAGUUUAUAAAGGUAACAAUUAAAAAAAAAAAACUUAAAUGAGGAACUGAUAUUGUAUCCGGCAUUUUUUUCAGUAUGCUCUUGCACUAAGAAUAACUUCACCAUAAUUUGAAAUAAAUCGGUUCAUCUCCAUGAGUCCGUAAGCACCACUGAUGAGCAAAACAAAGUCAAAAGGCAUCAGAACUAGUUUCCCWUCUUCCUAAUGUUCGGUAGUAUUAUACGUGGAGCUCAUCGUGUGUCCAUGGGRGCAAGGGGAAACGUCUGGAAAUGAAGUUAGGAAAUGAUUAAUUUUGCUCAUGUAAGUGGACAGUCUGACAAAACCAAAAUAGCUAGAAAACAAAUGAGCAGAAGCAUUAUAUCUAGGAUGAGCUGUUAUCAUGAAUACUUGCUGUAUCAUGAAUACUUGAUACAAUACCAGGAACUUCAUGRCUUUUCCAUGGUGAUGCCUUUGCCUUUGUAUUAUUUCAGCUUUCUAUUCA